AUGUGCCACAUCCCGGUCUUCUGCUGGAUCACUGCUACAGUUCUGGAGGAUGAGUUGAAGACCAGAGAGGGAGGAGAGCUGCCCAGGACCCUGACUGAGAUGUACAUCCACUUCCUGGUGGUUCAGACCAAACUGAAGAGCAUCAAGUAUCAUAGAAGAGCUGAGAUGGAUCCACACUGGAAUCCAGAGACCAGGAAGAUGAUCGAGUCUCUGGGUAAGCUGGCUUUUGAGCAGCUGCAGAAAGGGAACCUGAUCUUCUAUGAACCAGACCUGAUGGAGUGUGGCAUUGAUAUCAGAGCAGCCUCAGUGUACUCAGGAGUGUUAACACAGAUCUUUAUAGAAGACAGAGGAGUCUACCCAGACAAGGUGUUCAGCUUCAUCCAUCUGAGUGUUCAGGAGUUUCUGGCUGCUCUUCAUGUUCACCUGACCUUCAUCAAUACUGGAGUCAAUCUGAUGGCAGAAGAACAAACAACCUCACUGAUGUCAAGAAACUCUAGACCUGCAGAGACAAGUCUCUACCAAAAUGCUGUGGACAAGGCCUUACAGAGUCCAAACGGACACCUGGACCUGUUCCUCCGCUUCCUCCUUGGUCUUUCACUAGAGACCAAUCAGAAUCUCCUACGAGGUCUGCGUUAUCAGACAGGAGGUUCAGUGCCAUCUGAAUCAGGAAGCAGCUCACAGACCAAAACAGAAACCGUCCAGUACAUCAAGACAAAACUCAGUGAGAAUCUGUCUGUAGAGAAAAGCAUCAAUCUGUUCCACUGUCUGAAUGAACUGAAAGAUCAUUCCAUGGUGGAGGACAUCCAGUGGUCAUUGAGAUAUGGAAGUAUCUCCUCUGAUAAACUGUCUCCUGCUCAGUGGUCAGCUCUGGUCUUCAUCUUACUGUCAUCAGAAAAUGACCUGGAUGUGUUUGACCUGAAGAAAUUCUCUGCUUCAGAGGAGGCUCUUCUUAAGCUACUGCCGGUGAUCAAAGCCUCCAAGAAAGCUGUGCUGAGUCAUUGUAACCUUACAGCGAAAAGCUGUGAAGCUCUGUCCUCAGUCCUCAGCUCUGAGUCCUGUAGUCUGAGGGAACUGGAUCUGAGCAACAAUGACCUGCAGGAUUCAGGAGUUAGGCUGCUUUCCAGUGGACUGAAGACUCAGCACUGCAGGCUGGAAACUCUCAGUCUGUCAGGCUGUGUGAUCACAGAGGAAGGCUGUGCAUCUUUGGCCUCAUCUCUAGGCUCCUCCUGUCUGAGAGAGCUGGACCUGAGCUACAAUCAUCCUAAAGAAGGAGGAGAAAGACUGCUGUCUGCUCUUUUAGAAGAUCCAAACUGCAAACUGGAAAAACUGAGAUUGGACCAUGGUGGACAGAACAGGCUGAAACCUGGUCUGAGGAAGUACACCUGUGAGCUGGAACUGGACACAAACACAUUUCACAGGCAUCUCAAACUGUCUGACAACAACCAAAGGGUGACAUGUGUGGAGGAAGACCAGUGUUAUCCUCAUCAUCCAGACAGAUUUGACAACUGUUUACAGCUACUGUGUAGGACUGGUCUAAUUGGUCGCCAUUACUGGGAGGUCGAGUGUACAGGAAGUGUAGCUUUAAGUUUGAGUUACAGAGGAAUAAACAGAAAAGAAAUCAGUUUCUUUGGAAAGAAUGAUCUGUCGUGGAGUAUUUUCUACUCUGAAGGUAAAGGUGCCUGUUUCUGGCACAAUAACAGAAUGUCAGCCAUCGCCUUAUCAUGCCCCACCUCUUACAGAGUAGCAGUCUAUCUGGACCAUCCUGCUGGCACUGCGUCCUUCUACAGAGUCUCCUCUGACACACUGAUCCCCCUCCACAUCCUCAACACCUCAUUUACUGAACCUGUUUUUCCUGGGUUUUCACUCACUCCAGGUGGCUCAGUGUCUUUAUGUUCACUGGAAGUCAGAGACACACUGCCGAAUAAAGAUUAGCUGAUACUUUUCACUCAGUGGAAGCAGCUCUAACUGGAGUCUUGGGCCUUGUUUUCAUGACAACAAUAGUUCCAUGUUUGACGUUUUGAAAACAAUCUCCAUCUACAUGAGACCGCAGGAAACGCAAAAACGCUGCAGUAAAGUGAUUUACUGCACAAUAAAUCUGUCUCUACAACAAGGACAAUACUGCACAUUUACUGUUUUCUAUGUUUUUUUGACAAUAUUUAAAUCUUUUAUUAUACAUGGUUUUACAAUAGCAAUUCAUCACUAAAUCCUCUUCCUCAUCACCAUCGUAGCACAGCAGCGAAAUUUCAUGGCACAUAUUUAUCCUUUAAGGUUGUUUCAUUUUCCACUGACAAAUUUUUCUCCUACAGCCUUUAGUUGCUGGAUUUUCUCCGAAAGUGCAGUGCUUCCUGCUCAAGUAUCUUUUUCAACCUUAACAUGAAAGCUUCAAUCCUGUCUCUUUCAUCAGCUGUGUGCUUGUGAUGGGUCAUUCAUGAAUAAGCUGGUUCAAAGAGCCGGCUCUUUUAUGUGAAUGAGAAGCGCAGGCUCCCAUUUUAAAGCCAUUUUAUAUCAUUAUAACUAUUCUGUUAUUUGUAUGUAUGUAUGUUGUCUGUGUGUUACGUGAUUGAUUAGAAAGAAUGAUCUUUUCUACAUGCUCUUCCAGAGGCACAUCUCACAUUAGGGACACAAGCAUGAUAGUAUAACAUUAAUGUUUUAUAUCAAGUGUGUUAAACGGCCCAGCCAGUGAGCAGAUUUCAUAUGACCCGCAAAGUGUUUUGGGGAGCGACAGUGUAUUUGAAAAAAUAACACAGUAAUUCCUUUUUCUGAGCAAUAAAAAUAUCUCUCUUGUA